CGACCAUGAACGCGUCGGCAGCGGAACAGACGGAGACCACCCCUCUCUUGAGUUCACGCACUCGAAACCGCCAGAGUUCGUUGUCAAACCGCAUUGACUCACUUCGUAUACUCCCCUAUGUCGAUCGAUUUUAUACCCAAGGACUACCUUUGAACGGCAGCUGGUAUCCGGAGGGCCUAUCGAUAUCGGCAGGGGCAGACUGCGCUGCCUUUGAGCUUCUGGUGCUGCUGGCCUACAAGCACAUGCUGAGAGACCUGCGCCAUUCCCUCGAAGAUGUUUGGGAACAGUGGUCUGAAGAAACUAAGCGUGCUGCGAGCAUGGCUGAGCUCGAGUCGCGAAUAGUCGCGACUUGGAACACCUUUCUGAAUGUCCCACGGAGUUGCAAAGAGGUGGAACAAGUUUUGUGGAAGGCUCAUCAACUGUCGGAUGGUUCUGCAGAGUCGAUUCGACGUACGUUGCCGUGACUUGGACUCGCCAUGUUGUACGCUGGCUGACUU